AUGCGACAUGUCACCCAAGUUCAUCCAUGUCAUCAGAACCCUACGGACGUUUUCUCACUGCUGGCGUCGACACUGCCAACGGCCACUCACUUCUACCUGAACUACGUCCCAGUUCAGUGGGGCACGCACCUCAUGAACAUGAUGCGCUAUGUGCCCCUGGCGAAGUAUCUCGGCUACCGAAAGGUGUGCUCUGACGACAAGGCGCGAGAAAGAGCAGAGCCAGAAGAUCAAGACUACUACGGCAUGGGCUCACGAAGUGCCCGUCACACCCUGAUUGCUGUGACCGGCCUGGUGUUCUGCCCCUCGGAAUCGGUAGGUCAGUACCUUGGACACCCUCUAUGCUUCCCUGUUGCCAUGAUCCUCACUUGGAGGUGUCGAUACGUCUAUGCCUACCUUUGCGUCUACGCAGAGACGAAGAAGGCGGACCUGGGUGGCGUCUUCUGGAGCACAAAAAUGAGACAUGUUCAGCAGGGCCUGCUGAUCUACAUCGUCCUGAUGACGGGCGUCCUGCUGCAGCGUGGUUCUAGUAUCGGCCCGGGAGUCAUUGCCGCAAGCAGCUCAGCUGUGUGGCUCUGGAGCUAUCGGCGCUUCAACCAUCGAUUCCAUCUGGACAACUUGCCCCUGAAGGACAUGAAGGUGACUCGGGUUCAGUACUUUAGUCCAAUCCCCUUAGUCCAGUCCCCUUACAGCCCAAUAUUUUGCCGAGCGAGGUGUUUUGAAGAAGAACAACACAUGUAA